GUAGACUUUUCCUUCUUGAAAUUAGCCACGUCUCUUUUCUGUAGCGGCCACGGCAGACACGUGGACAAUAUAGAGAUGAUGAGCUCUCAACUGUUCUCUAACUACCAUAACUGACAAAAGGCUUGGAACUAAAUGCAUAAAAUAGCCUAACAAAGUGGGUGCCGGGUGGUCCUUGUAAUUGAUUUAGAACAAGUCUCUCUCUAACCCCCUUGACUUCCCUAUUUCACAGCAAACAAAGACCCUUUCAGUCAUCCGAUUCAACAAAAGCAAACAGAUUGAUUGAGUUGAUCUCCGUGUAGGCGCCAUAUGUUUAUAUAGUAGUGUGUGUUUCUUGAAAAUGGAUGACAUUUUUGGGGAAAUCAUAGGAUGCGGGUUAGGAUCCGAUUCAAUAAUGCUGAGACUGUUAAGGUCUGCAAUGGACAAAGCCCACGAAAAUGUGGAAUCCACAGAUGGAUCCAUUGAGCUAUUGAGUGCAAAAUCCAAGUUCUAUGAACUGGCCAUGAUUUUAGUGGAGGGAUGUUCAAAACUGAUUGAAGAAAAGGCAGAUGUUCCUGAAACCAAUCGGGAGAAAAUGCUCUCGGAUUUGAUGGAAAGCAGAAACAUGGUAAGGGGACGCAUCGAGGAAUUACAGAUUGGAAUGGUCGAGAAAGACAAAGAGUUAUUAGAGAGAUUCGAAAAUGAGUGGAAACUAAGGCAAACGCUGGAUUUGAAAGAGAGGGAAUUGGUAUCUUUGCGUGCAAAAGUUGAGUUUGAAAGGACAAAGAGCGAGGGAUUUGAUGAAGGAGAAAGAGGAGGUGGUAUAAGGGAACUGAAACAUUCUGUGGAUCAACAGGUCUGGAGUAUCAAACAGAAGCUAGAGGAUGAGAGGAUAAGUUUAACCGGUGGAAACGAGUUUCCUUCAUGGGGUGAGGAAUUUGAAAUGACAACGGAGAAUCAAUUCACGAGGCCAGAGCAAAAAAUAGUGAUCGAGCGAAUGAGCUCGGACAUAGAUGGGUUGAAAGGGACUUUGGAUCUUGCUUUCGGAAGGAUGGAGCACGUGGAAAUGCGCCCUUUGGAAAAGCAAUGGGGGUGGAAAAUUGAGAAGGAGACAAUGUUGAUCUUGAUUAAGGGGUUCAUGGAAAAUGUCAGUGAAAUUUUUGAAGUUGAAUUGGAAAAGAGAACCAAACAUGAAUCUCCUAGUGGACUUUUGGAUGAUAAUUGGGGGCAAUUGAUGGAGGAGAUCACUUGCUUGCACCGUGAACUUGGGGAUCUAUGUUGUUCAAACGAAAAGGAAGCUAAAGGGGUCAAAACCCUUGAAAGUUUAAAACUUUCAACAAAGAUAAGGCGAGCGAGUAGUGAGCCUUUACCGGAAUUUGGUGUUUCAGAAGAGCCACGCAAUGAAGAUAAAGAUGGUGAUGUAAGUCAUGUCGCGAAGAUGAUAAAGAGUCAUGAGUCUAUCAUAAGGAAACAACGCGAAGAGUUGAACCGGUUGAAGAGGGAGAUGAUUCUUCUUGAAAAGGAGGAGAGCUUAUCUAGCAAGAGACUUGAGGAUCCUAAUUACCCAGAAAGAAGGAUCCAAGAAGUUGUUGCAAGAUUGGACAAUGUCAUUAAGUGGAAAGGGAAAAUUCAAGAUGAGAAAGGAAAAUUUUCAGAUGGACAGGAACUUGGUGAGAAAGUAUGUGUUGAUUCAAUGUGUUGUAGAAAGCAAACAGGCUUGAAUGAUGAGAUAAGGAGGCUGAAACAAGAAAGGGAUGAUUCGAAGGCCGAAAUUAUGAUAAUGGAAGAGACUUAUGCCAUUCUUUUCAAAGGGUUGUUGAAAGAUUUCUACCUUGAGUUAGAGAACUAUGAAACUACCAGUGCAACAAGGGAUGAUAUAUUUACCUUUUUAUUGAAGGAAAUUGUUGAGGAAUGGAAAAAGGGGAUGGAUUGUGAUUCAAGUGGAAACCUUAUCAAGGAAGAGAGAAACCAAUUCCCCAUAUGCAAGUCAUUUAGCCGAAACCAUCAAGAGGUGAGAACUCCGCUUAAUUUCCUUGAAAGUUCCAUUGAGAGCAAAUUGACGGAGGAUAUAUGCAUGGUAUUCAUUAGAGAAAUGAUCAUGGAAUGGAAAAUGGAAUUUGAUGCUCACGAUUUCGAGAAUCUCAUCAGAGAAGAGAUACAUAAUUUCCUCAUCGUUGAGGCAACAAAAGAUUCAUAUACAUCUCCGAGAGUGUCGGAUAAAAGUCCAGAGGUGUUUGGAGAGGAAAACUUGAUCCAAACACUGGAUUGUUCAUUUAGCCGAAACCAUCAAGAGGUGAGAACUCCGCUUAAUUUCCUUGAAAGUUCCAUUGAGAGCAAAUUGAUGGAGGAUAUAUGCAUGGUAUUCAUUAGAGAAAUGAUCAUGGAAUGGAAAAUGGAAUUUGAUGCUCACGAUUUUGAGAAUCUCAUCAGAGAAGAGAUACAUAGUUUCGUCAUCGUUGAGGCAACAAAAGAUUCAUAUACAUCUCCGAGAGAGUCGAAUAAAAGUCCAGAGGUGUUUGGAGAGGAAAACUUGAUCCAAACACUGGAUUGUUUGUUAAAGUGUGUCGAAGUGGAGGAAGAUUUGAUGCUGAAAGCGAGUUGCGAGAUUAAAGAACAGAGCGCGAACAAUGACCUGGUGGCCACAGAAUGUGAAGAGGUGGACGAGAGAGACGCGAUCGAGUGGCUGUUGACUGAAGAGGAAAACACCUUUUGUUCAGUGAGUAGUAAACUGGAGAAGGCUCUGCAGCAGUUGUUUAUAAGCAAGGAGUUGUUGAGGGAUUUGCAGGAGAGUUUGGGCAUUUCAGUUGGUGAUACGGGAAAAGUUUACGAGAGGGAGAACUCCUUCGGGUUACCAAGAGACAAUCAGAUUGUGCAGUUGAAUCCAUCGGAUGCUAAUUUCUUACCUCUCCAGCAAAUGCUUGCAGAUUUCGAGUCCAUAGUGCAACAAAAGUUGGAGAUGAACUUUAUGAGAUUAAAAGAACUUGAACUUCAAACAUAUCUGCUUACUCAACUUAUGGCCUCCCUGAGAAAAAAGGAGUCGCUUUACAAAAAAGCUUUUGUGAGAAGGUGUCACGAUCUCAGAUUAGCAGAAACUGAGGUUGAUUUGCUGGGUGACCAAGUAGACGCACUCGUAGGCCUGCUUGAGAAAAUAUACUCGACAUUGGAUCGCUAUUCACCAGUUCUGUUGCCCCACUUCCAGGUCUUUGACAUCUUGAAGUUGAUUAAGAAAGAGAUAAGUGGUGUAGCACCGUAGCUACUCGACCACCCAGUAAAACACUGUAUGAAGGAUCCAAACCAGUUUCCAUUACAUUCUAUCGUUUUGGCACUUCCAAGAAAAAACUCGACUAAAUUAACCAAACACUAGCAUAACUAGUAUUCAUAACGGGACUUUAUGUCAAAAGGAUCUUAACGGGUCUUUUAUGCGCUGUUGUUAGCUACCUAAUGUGCAACCCUCCCCCUCUAUCUGGGCUAGGACCGGCUAUGUAGGAAAAAAGACUGUGCAACGAAAAUCCGAUGGUCGUCUGUUUUUUGCGAACCAACUUUCUAGACCCGCCACUGUUUUUGAGAGGCCACUUUUAACGU